UGCCCUGCCGGCACUGCCCGGCCUGUCCCUCCCUGCCCUGCAUCCAGCCACGUGCCCAGGAUGCCCCACACCCCUUUCCCCACCUCACAGCCGAAUACCCCGGCCCGGCCCCUGCCGCGGGACGCCGGAGCCCCGGGAGCUCUGGGCCGGGGCCAGCCGCCCCCGCGGAGCGCUGGCCCGGGGCCUCGGCGCUGGGAGCCCCGGUGCUGGGCCGUGCCAGCGGUGGCUGCGGAUCUCAUCAGUGGUGAAGGCUGCCCGAGGGGACACCACGGGGUCCAGGGCCGGCCUCGCCGUGCAGGCAGAAAGCGUCCGGCAGCGGGAUGGCGGGGAUGGCACUGCCCCUCUGCCUGAUCCUCGCUGCUGCCCUGCAGGGCGGCCUGACCCGGGCACCGCAGCCCCUGGCCCGCCCCGGCCCCCUGCUCCUGCGGCUGCGGCGCCUGGAGGAGCAGUUUCUCCGGCUCCAGGAGGUGACACUGAACCAUCUCCAGAGCAUCGCCAGCAACUACAACAUCUCCUACAACAUCGACGGACGUUUCCAGGCGCUGGCGGAGCAGGCGGAAGCGGCCGACGCUGCCCGGGCCGCCCUGGGUGCCGAGCUGGCCCGCCUGGCCACUGCUGGCCGGAGGCUACGCCGCAGGCUGAAGAGGCUGGAGGGGACGGUGGGUGCCCUGAGCCCACCACACGGCCUGCUCACCCACGCACCAGCCGCACUGGUGGAGGCUGGCACCAAACCGCACGGUCUGCCAUUCGCCCUCCGGAGCCGGGGCAGCCCGCUGGAGCAGCAGCCACCGGGCCAGGCUGUCCGCAGCACCCCCGGCCCUCGCCGCCCGAAGACGAGGCGGUGGCAGCAGCACCGGCAGGAGGAAGGGCACUGCCUGCCGGCUGAUGCCGGGCCGGGUGGAGCGCCCGGGGAGGAUGAGGAGAGCCCUCGGGAUGCAGCACCAGCAGCCCAGAGCAUGGCAGCGGUGCUCCCCACCGUAAGCACGGCUCCCCGGGAGCAGCCCCCAGCCCCCCGGCAGCCAGGAGAGGGCAGGUACGGCCCCCCCGCCCCGCUGCCCGCCUCCCCCGCCUGUCGCGGCGGUGCCGUCCUGCUCUUCCCCAACACCUCCGCUGAGCACGGGGCCGUCCUGGGGCUGGGGCCACACCGGGGCCUGCGGGCGAUGUCACUCUGUGCCUGGCUGGCCACCCCAGCCCCUCGCCUCGGUGCUCUCCUCUCCUACGCCACCGAGGACGGGCACAGCGAGCUGGCCGUGCACGGCCACGGUGGGGAUCGCCCUGGCUCUGCACGUUUCAUCGUGGGGGACGGGCAAGUUCGGGAGCUCCCGGUGGCGCCGCUCCUGGACGGCAAAUGGCACCACCUGUGCCUCACCUGGUCCUCCGGCCAGGGCCACUACCGCUUCUACGUGGACAGGAGGCUGCUGGCUGCCGGCUCCGGCUUCCAGCAGGGCUAUGAAAUUCCCACUGGUGGCUCGCUGGUGCUGGGCUGGGGGCAGGACGGCCCCAACGUGGACUUGGGCACUGGAGAAGCUUUUGUGGGUCACCUGGCUGGCUUCGCUCUCUGGAGACGGGCUCUCCUGCCUGGGGAGGUGGCCAGAAUGGCGACCGGGCGGGGGCUGCCCCGUGGCCCCCUCCUCACGCUGGCCGAUGCCUCCUUGCAGGGCGGGGUGCGGAGGGUGGCGUGUCCCUGCCUCCAGCACUGCCUUUGACGCGGCUGACAGCAGGAACGGUGCCGGCUACCAGCGGUCACGGCUGGCUCAUGGUGCCGCUCCCGACACGAGCUGAACCCUCCCAGGGUGAUGGGACACCCAGCAGGGAGGGCAUCUCAGAACCGGCACCACCGGCGGAGGGAAAAGGGUCUUGGCAGCCAGUGGGGCAGAGGUGGGACCAAAGCCAGAGGUCGCCUGCUCCUAGAGGAUGCACAGCCCAUGGUUCCUAUUAAAAUGCUCCUCACGUGAG